AUGUCGCGGCACGCAGAGAGAUACCCCACACCACUCGUUGGGUAUCGCCAUCUACAGUUCUUGAAGCGCGCCAGGUCACUUGAGCUACCUUUCAACGGCUCACUCGAAUUCUUGAACGAAUGGACCUACUUUACUGACAACCCCGAACGAGAUUUCGGCCAGUUGACUACUACGGGGCCCUACGCAGGUACGCUGAGUGCUUUUACCACCGGCCUACGCUUUCGCACGCGCUACAGUGACCUUCUCCAGAAAAAAAACUCGAUCCGAUUCUGGGCUAGUGACUCGGAGCGCGUCAUUGAAUCAGCCCGCUACUUCGCCUCUGGAUUAUUCGGUCUUGACUGGGAAAGCAGAGGCAAGGCUGAACUUGAGGUCAUCCCCGAAACCUUUGAGCGAGGAGCAGAUACCCUGACGCCAGGUGAUACGUGCCAAAAAUAUCUCGAGGACACUGUAGAUGGCCAUGAUAACGGCGAUACAAUGCUGAAACGCUAUCAAGAGGUGUACGCCCCCGCAAUCGCUGCACGAUUGAUCAGCGAGAAUCCAGCUUUGGGCAGCUUGCUCAAUACGGAAGUUUACGCCAUGCAGGAGAUGUGUGGAUUUGAGACCAUGGCCCGUGGAUCGAGUCCCUGGUGUGAUGUUUUUACCGAGGAGGACUGGCGCCAUUUCGAGUAUGCCCGCGACAUCAAACAUUACUAUGGCUCUGGGCCGGGGAAUCCGUAUGCAGGAGCAAUGGGAUGGCUCUGGUUGAACGCCACAGCCACAUUGUUACAGGCUGGACCAGAUGCCGGGCCGAUGUUCUUGAGCUUGUGA